AUUUGUUAUUGUUUUGGAUUGUACUGAUCUGAAUCCCAUGCUAAGUUGUUGUGUUUAAAUGUAAAAUAUUUAAGCUUAACUAUGGAUAAACCCACUAAACCAGAAUCAGCGGUCCUGAUGGAGGGCCUAAUCAAGCCGGAGGAUUUCGCACGAUUUAAGGAGACAAAGGGCCGCACAACCGAGGUCCUUACGGCGCUUAAACGGUCCAAACCAAACAAGAGUGACAAACAAAAGCAGGGCAGUAAGAAAAAGUUGACCCGGCGGGAGAUUGCAAAACUGGGCAUUUACGCGAUUCCGGAAGAUGCGGUUAAGUACAGUGCGUGCAUUCCUUUGAAUCGGCUGUGGCGGGGUUACAUUGCCCGGUACCUCGGCAAGGACACGCUGCCUGACGUUAACGAUGCACAAUACGUGCAUUUUGUAUCAGAUAUCUUAAAAGUUGAUAUUCAUGGCGCCAAAAUCUCGGUGGUUCGAUCGAAAAACCCAAGCCUCGUGGGAGCCAAAGGUAUCGUCAUCCUGGACACGAAGGGCACCUUUAAAAUUGUGUCCAAAGAUGAUAAAAUACGCACCAUCCCCAAGAACGAUUCCGUCUUUUUAGUUCAUUGGAACGACAUCCAACUUACCGUGUUUGGAAAGCACCUGAAUACGCGGCCAGCAGAACGGUCCGUCAAGAAGUACAAAGUGUUUGGCGAAUGUGAUCUGGAUUGAAUAAAUAUAUUUGUAUAAAUA